UUGGCAGCGUUGGACGGAUUAGGUAAAGUCACAUCGUCUUCUGGUCCGUGCGUGCAUACCUAUCAAUCAACAAAGAAUACAAACACACUCGUGAAGGGGCACAACACUCAUUCCCACCGAAUAUACGCAUCGCCCGCAUCGAGUCCAUUUCCACCGAGCUCUCUCCCACUUUUCUCUUCCAGUUAAGAGGCAUCGCGCCAGGAAAUAGACGACACUCGACCCCAAUGGCGCCCCGAACUACGGGCUCGCGGCGCACCCAGGCGCAGACCGAUCGCCUCUUCGAGCUUGGAGUGCAAGGACGGAAAACCGGCGUAACGUUACGCGACACGGGUGUCCGCGACGAGCAUGGCAUGCAGCCCCUCGAGGAUAUCUUCUCGUCACCAGAGAAGACGGCGCGAAUCGACACCAACCACGCCGCCGACGACGAUGAAAGCGGCGACAGCAGCGGGCAAGAAAUGGAUAUCGAGAAUACAACCGCCCCGGACCCAGCAAUACUGAUGCGUGCCCACGGUAACACGCUCAAGGUGCCUCUGCCCCGUAGUCGCUCGCCCAUAAAGACAUAUCUGCAGUCCCCGGCGCGCCAGAACCCACAUCUCAACCCCAACUCCUCUCCCGUCCGCGGAUCCAUCGUCGGCCCGAACGAACCCGCACGCUCACAGUCGGUUAAGCGCCGGCUGGACUUCAGCUUGGACGCGACAUCGCACUCGCUCUCACAACCCACGACGUCUUCCAGCGGCGGGAGAGCAGCCGCCGAAGCGCGACCGAGGGUGAACGGACUCAGAAAUAGGCGUUCGCUGCAGGACGAGGAUGAGGACGUGGACGGUGCUGAUGAGGAGACCAUCCUGCACGGGGAGCAGCAGGAAGAUGACAGUCGGGAACCCGAAGAAUCCAUGGCCAUGAUCAACGAUGGCGGCGAUGACGCGUCCGAUCCCGGGUACGACAACGAGUACUACGACGACGAUGGUGGAGAUGUAGAAUUGGGGGAGGAAUCGCGGAACGACGACGAUGGUGGAGAUGUAGAAUUGGGGGAGGAAUCGCGGAACGACGAGGAGGUGGUUGAAGCCGAAGCCAAAUCAUCUCGCAGAAAGUCCCAGAGAGGAGGCGUUGCUCGGAAUACCGUCCCAGAUGCAGCUGAGGAGGAGGAGGAGGAGGAGCCGGUACGAAGCAAGCGCGGCCGCCCAGCCAAGAACAAAUCCGGUGGUGAAGCACAACAACGUGGAUCUACAAAACGGAGACGGUCAAGUAUCACCGCCGAAGAAGAAGCCGAGUCGGAGCACGAGCCGGAGCCGGAACCAGAGCCGGAACCAGAGCGCAAGAAACAGCGGACAGGCGGCAAACCGAGAGGGCGAAAGCCAGCCGGGAAGACGGCCACGAACACAGACGAAACCGGCGAGCCAUCGAAGCAGACCACCAAGCCGGCCACCAAAGGCAAACGCGGCCGUCCACGCCGCUCCUCGAUCGACGCGGCCGACAGGUCUCUGGCCGUCGUACCCCGCGGGCCGCCCCUCCCCAAGGCGCGGGGCCUGCUCAUCAGCCGGCGCGAGGUGCCCGGGGACAGCGGCAUCACGCGCACGCGGUCCGGGCGCAACUCGUUCCGGCCGCUGGCCUUCUGGCGCAACGAGCACGUCGACUACGACCAGGACCAGAUCAUGGACGACGCCUUCGCCUCGCGCGGCAACCCGUCCAAGUUCGUCCUGCCCACCAUCAAGGAGGUCCACCGGGUCGAGGAGCCCGAGCUCCCCAAGCGGCGCGGUCGGCCCGCCAAGGCCGGCAGCGGCGGCGCGAAGCGAAAACAGGGCAAGGCCGGCGGCGCGGGGGGGGCAGACAUGUUCGACGAGCCGGCGGAGGCGUGGGAGGAGGACCCGGGCACGGUGGUGGGCGACGCGGUCGUGUGGCAGCCCGAGUACGAGUACGCGCCGCCGGGCCUGGACGAGGAGAUCGAGCUCGCGCCCGAGCAGCUGGCCGUGUCGGGGCAGGCCAUCGAGACGAGGGACAUACGGAACGCGAGCUUCCGGUUCGCAAAGACGCUCAGCAUGCCCUUCUUCGGCGCGGGCGUCGUCGACCUGCCCCCGGGGAGCGAGAAGAGACCCAAGAACUCGCGCAAGAUGUACAUGGCCUUCUUCGUCUUUGCCGGGAGGGUCCUCGUCACCGUCAACGAGUCGACCUUCAGGAUCGGGAGGGGGGGCAUGUGGUUUGUUCCGAGGGGAAACAUCUACAGCAUCGAGAACGACUACGACGAGCCCGCGAGGGUGUUCUUCUCUCAGGGCUGCGAGCCGCUACAGCAACCCGUCGAGGGCGAGGAUGGGGCGGAGUGAAGAAGUCGGAGUGGUGGGCUUUCCAUUACGAAACAGUGCUAUUAUGGCUUUGGGGAAUCGGUGCCCCCUGUCGCCUCAUUGGCCUGGAUUAUUCUCUGGCGUUUUGGAGGGAGCCCAACUAUCAAACUCACUUUGGCAUAUGAAAGUUGGCAGGGACAUUAAAACCUACUCCUUUUGGGGAUGGGCGGCGGGCAUUGUCGGGGUUGCGAGGGUUUGUUCACGGAAAAUGAGUGCACAGUAAUUGUUUAUGUUCCUGCGCCCCGUCACGAAUUGGCAGUUAGUCCGGGGGAUUGACCAUGAUGGGUCUAGAUUAUUGAGAGAUGCUUCCCCAUGAAUAAUAUACAUUUGAGAGGGAAGGC